CGACGACCUCGACGUCGACUUCACCAUCUAUUCCCCCUCUUUGCCUCGAAAUCUACCCUCCAAGCGUCGACCCUUACCGAUAUAGUACCACCGGAAAGCGCCUUCGAUACAUCCUCGCUCGAUCCCCAGGAUCGCUCCAUGACAGCAUACGUCAUCCUUCAUGCCGACCGUACCGACCGAUUCAACAGCUCCGUCACCUCCCCGCAGACGCUUCACUUAUUUUGACGGCAACUUCGAUUACCCUCCGGCUCCAACGUCUGCUGUCCGGACUCCGAGAACGGGUCGGUUGGACACCGGAAGUGAAGCUGAAGCCACGGGGCAUACAGAAGCACAGACCGCCGUAGCCUUCAGUGAGGAGAAUCAGAUGCCACCCCCACGAACAGCAACAACCCGUAGCCGCUUCCCACCUUCGUAUGCUGCUGAGAGUGACGGUCAGGACCGAGAGGAACCUGUGGAUGACCUCCCGGCCCUUCAACCUCCUGGAGAUGUUCAACCCCGAAAUAUGACCCGCUUCUCGCGAUACCUUCACCGCUCCCGUGCAAGACUGCAAGCGGAACGCUCGGCGGACGUGGACAUGGAUGCGGCAGAUCUUCUAGACACUUUGAGCGAUAUGCCCUUACCGCCCGGUGGGCGUCGUCGUAGCCUCUGGGAUGUCGGCCCCUCGUCAUCUGGCGCCGGCCGUCGCAGCCCUUGGGACGAGCCACAUGUCCCUUCGCGAACUGCCAAGCGGAGGAGGCUUGAGCAUGGCACACAUCAGGUGUCACCGUGGGAUGGCUUUAGGUAUGGUUAUAGAGGCCAGGUGGUUCCUGGUCGCCUGAAGAUGGAAAUCGUGAGCUGCGAUGGAGGAGAGUAUCAAAAGAGCACUCCUUAUGGGCUAUACCCCAUCCAGAACGUGUUGAAAAAUGACAAGAGCGUAUAUUGUAGUGAGCGAUCGUCAUGCAACCUGUUGUUGAAGCAUAUUGGAGAGGCGCCUUUCUCUCUGGAAAAGGUCGUUAUACGGGCCCCGGAUCGAGGUUUCACCGCCCCUGUGCAAGAGGGUUUGGUCUUUGUCGCAAUGUCAUCCGAUGACAUACUCUCCGGUACCUCCAGUUACGAGAUUGAAUACUCGUCACCGUCUCCUGCACCUUCUGAAAGUCAAUCCUCAUCUCGUCCUUCCACUGGCGAGCAGUUGUUGUCACUCACAGAGGCCAUGGCAGAUCCGUAUAUCCUCGAACAGAGUCAAGCCAGAAACGGGGACGAUGCUCCUACUGACCGCACGAGGGAAAGAGGCCGUGUUGAAGAUCAUCCACACCAUCUGGUCGACUUUGGUGACUCCGGUGACGAUGUGGACGAGGACUCAUAUAACGGGAUAGCUGCAGUCUCUGCACCUACACCGCCUCCCUUCACCAUUACCACGGAGAGUGAGGAAGAAUCAGACGAGAAUGAAGAAACAACAGAAGCAAAUGUCAUGGCCGACAGACUAAGACGUGAGACGCGGUGGCGUUUAGAAAGUGACGACGAAGAAGAGGACCAUCACCCGCCCCGCCGGUUUGCAUGGACACCCGGGGAUUAUGGAUUUCGGCGUGGUCACUGGCGCCGCGAACGAGAGUGCGAACAGCCCAUUCGUGCUCGACAACGACUGACUCCGAGCCGUAUCGAGCCUAAGGAGCCGCCGUCGAACGAUAAGCCAUUGAUUACUCCCCAUGCAAAGUUCUUCAUCGCGAAGCAUAAGAGCAAAAUCACCAUCAAAUUCCAUCCGGCCGUCUCGGGAAGGUUUGUUCUGCUGAAGUUCUGGAGUCCGACUCACGACGGGAAUAUCGAUAUCGAGAGUGUCCAAUUCUAUGGAUACUCUGGCCCACGCUUCUUCCCAGCUGUGCAGAUGCGAUAGAGGCCACAUAUGGC